UCGCACAUCGCAACACAUCGCAAUGACUGCGGGUAGAUUGUUGUCAGGAUGUAUAGUAAACGCAAUGUAAUGCAAAGAAGAAAACAAUCUGUAAAAUGGUGAGAUGCAAGCUUCUUUAAAAAAAUUAAGUGUCUAAAUUAGCAGUGCAACAUACAAUCAAUAUGUGAGUUCGAUUGAAGUGGGCACUUGGAAAAAUUGGGAUUUGCCAAGCUCGUAAAGGACAAAAUUAUUGCUGACGAAGAUGACAACAAUUCUCGAUGUCAAUUAUCAACAGUUGGAACCCUACGCAGAAGGUGAUGGCGAAGAUCAAGAUGAGGAUCGUGAGGAAACGCCUCAAGAUUCUGGAUUAAUAAUCCACGUAGUACCAGAAAGCAGUAAAGCGAGAUGGAAUCACAUAGAAGAUUUGGAUUCAUUUUUUACAAGAAUGUAUCACUACCAUCAAAACAAUGGAUUUAUAUGCAUGAUGACUAAGGAAUUUUUUGAACUAGGACAAUUCAUAUUCGUAGUUCUUUUUACGCUUUUCUUAUUCCAUUGUGUUGAAUAUCCAAUUCUAUUUAGGGACACAGUGUCAAACAGCACAUCGCUCAAAAUCAAAAUAACGGACGCAUUUCUGCCUCCAAGAAAAUGCUCUCAAAGUAUGGGUCUAAUAACCUGGAUUUUUAUUUUGAUAGCAACCAUUUUCUGGGUGUUACGACUCGUUAAAUGUUUGUAUCACCUAACUCAGUUCUGGGAUAUUAAGUCGUUUUUUAAUAAUGCGCUUAGAAUAGAAGAUAGAGAUUUGCAAAAUGUAACGUGGCAUGAGGUACAGAAAAAAGUGAGGGAAGUGCAAAAAGAACAAGAGAUGUGCAUUCACAAAAAGGAACUCACAGAGUUAGAUAUAUACCAUAGAAUACUGAGAUUUAAAAAUUACAUGGUAGCUAUGAUCAACAAAUCUUUACUGCCCGCGAGACUUAAAUUGCCGGUAGUUGGAGAGGUAAUUUUUCUAACAAGAGGCUUGAAAUACAACCUGGAAUUACUGUUGUUCUGGGGACCCUGGUCGCCUUUCGAAAAUAAUUGGCAUCUCCAAGAAGACUACAAGAAAUCCGGUAAACGGGAGGAACUCGCUGCUGCAUUAUCGAAACACAUUUCUUGGGUGGCGAUAGCAAAUUUCGUCCUAUGUCCACUGAUAUUAUCGUGGCAAAUUUUGUACUUUUUCUUCAACUACGGCGACUUGAUAAAAAGAGAGCCCGGAGCACUUGGUUUAAGGAUGUGGUCGCCCUAUAGUCGCUUAUAUCUUCGUCACUUCAACGAAUUGGAACACGAACUCAAUGCACGACUGAGCCGCGCCUAUCGACCGGCCAAAAAAUACAUGGACAUAUUUACAUCUCCAUUGAUUGUGAUCCUCGCUCAAAACAUUGUUUUUAUUGCUGGCAGUAUUUGCUUUGUUAUGCUGGGUUUAACAAUUUACGACGAUGGGAUUUUGUCAAUAGAACACUAUGUGACAACCAUGGCCAUUUUUGGAUCAGUGGUGACAGUCGCUCGAGCCUUUCUGCCGGACGAAAAUUUAGUCUGGUGUCCGGAAACUCUGUUAACUGCCGUCCUAGCACACACUCACUACAGACCCGACAGUUGGCGAGGACGCGCUCACACCCAGGCAACUCGAGCCCAAGUAGCCCAAUUAUUUCAAUACAAACUUGUACAUAUUCUGGAGGAGCUUGUUUCGCCGCUGCUCACUCCCUAUAUUUUAUACUUUCGCAUGCGACCACGCGCUUUAGAUAUCGUCGAUUUUUAUCGGAAUUUCACGAUCGAGAUCACGGGCGUUGGUGAUGUGUGCAGCUUCGCGCAGAUGGACGUGCGAAAACACGGGAAUCCAAUGUGGCAGACGCUCGGUGAAAGUGUGAUAGAUGAGCGAGUGAUAGGUUUCAAUAAUAGGUAUGGAACUGAUAAAGUGAAACCACCGACCACUCAGUACACACAGGCUGAAGACGGAAAGACGGAGUUGUCGCUGAUACAUUUUACUCUUACGAAUCCCGAGUGGAAACCACCUAGUCAUGCUGAGAAUUUUGUCACGGCUCUGAAGGAAAGAGCGAGGAGAGAGGCUGCUAAUGUGCCGAACGAUAUGAAUCCUCUAUACGCAAGUUUAAGUAGCCUCUCGAGUCUCGGUCCUGGAUACAAUGACAUUGUGACAAACAUCAUUCGCAGCACAAUGGCGAAUCAUGUAAGCGUUCCGAGCAUGAGCAAUACAAUGUCUAAUCAAGCAGGAACGUCAACAACUUCCACGGAUGGAGGCGAAUCCUGCAGUGUCAAGUCGAGCGCGCCACCUCGAGCAUUCAUGGGCCGUAUACAUAAAGCGGAGGGCCCCCUGCAUUGUGAUAAAGGAUUGCUUUACAGUUUGAACCAGGGGUUGUCAAGCCAGUCUCUCGGCGCCUCAGUAUUUGGCUCUGGACAGGAACUCGUAUCCGAUUUAACAGUUCCGAUUGAAUUGACUGCCGCUGACAUGUCUUUAUCUACGUUGUACCUGCACGAACUUCAUCAUAGACAAGUAAGAAGAAGAGGUUACCAAGAAGUGUCCACUAGGAGUAUUUGGCAACCAAGUCCUGUUCAGGAACUUGCUACGCUUCCUGAGGUUAGGCAAGAACGAGCCCCUCUACUCCUUCAUCAAGAUUCAUCCAGAAGAUUUAAUGUAACAGGCUCCUAGGGUAGUAACUAACCUUUUAACUAAUUUGCGUAAUGAUGAUCCUUAAUAAAAUAUUUUUAUCUACAGUA